GAAGUACAUGCGACUGGACAAGGAAAAAAACGAAAGGCUGUCAUGAGAUUUGCACGCAGACUCUUACAACUAAAGAAAGACUCAGCCCCACAACAAUUAAAAGUCUUGGAACCACCGGCUGAAUAUUUAGAAGAAGAUCUAGGUCCUGGAGAUAGAGUACCACCAGAUGCUUUGUACAUGUUACAAAGUAUUAGGGUGUUUGGCCAUUUUGAAAAACCUGUAUUUCUGAAAUUAUGCAAGCAUACAGAAAUUAUGAACCUACCAGCUGGGAGUACUCUAUUUAAAAUUGGAGACCCAGAUGAAAAUUUAUUCAUUGUACAACAAGGCUUGGUCAAUGUUUAUAUUACAGGACUAGAUGGUACUCAAGUAUCAUUGAAAUUAGUAAAAACAGGAGAAUCAGUAACUAGUCUUCUUAGCUUUACGGAUGUACUUACUGGGCAUACAAGUACCUAUAAAACAGUAUCUGCUAGAACUGUGGAGGAUUCUAUAGUAGUGAAGUUACCAAUGAGUGCAUUUCAAGAGGUUUUCCAAGAUCAUCCUGAGGCAUUUGUUCGAGUUAUCCAGGUCAUUAUGGUUCGCCUCCAAAGAGUUACCUUUACUGCUUUACAUCAGUAUCUUGGCUUAUCUGCAGAAUUAGUCAAUCAAGGAACACAUAAAAAGAAACAAAGCCCGUUUUCUGGAUCGCCAGUUAGGUCACGAACUAAAGAAAAUUUUUCCACCCAAAAUAUGGAAAGUCAAUUCCCUGCACCUGCAGCUACUUCAUUAGAGCAUCACGAUGGAAGUGAAAUGCUCUAUCGUGAUGCUGCUACUUUAAGUAGUCCUCAGUCUGUACCUAUUGUCAUAAAUAAACGUCCACAAUCAGGUCAGAACACAGCAGACGCGGUACCAGAAUGUGAUUCUCACUGGCCGAAUUCUUCGCCUAUGACACCACAACAGGGAUCACAGCCAGAUGUACACACAGGAAAUUCCCAUCCAACGAAGAAACGCUCUACUACCGCUGAACCGAUUCAACAGCAACUGGACGAGGCGCACCUUGUACAACUAGCUACAGAAGCAUUUGUUAGAGAACUUGGUUUGGAAGAUGAUUCAAUACUGAAGGAUGGUAAAAUUCAAAUUAGAGAAGUACCAACCGGAACGUAUUUGAUGAAGGAAGAAUCGCAUAAGGAUGUUGCUCUUGUUUAUGUUGUAUCGGGUUCACUGACAGUCAGUCAACGAGUUUCAGAAGGCAGAGAUGUAGGUCAAGACGUUCACAUGUUUAGCGCUCAUCAAGGUGAAAUUGUUGGAGGGUUAGCUGUAUUGACUGGUGAACCCUCUUUUUAUACUAUCAGAGCAAAGCAUCCUAGUCGCAUAGCACUACUUAGUAAAUCAGUAUUCUUUGCAAUUAUGAGAGAACAACCUACUGUUGUAUUACACGUAGCCCACUCGGUUGUUCGAAGACUUAGCCCCUUUGUCAGACAGGUCGAUUUUGCUCUAGACUGGUUGUUCCUUGAAAGUGGAAGAGCCGUGUACAGGCAAGGAGACGAAUCAGACUCAACGUUUAUUGUAUUGAGUGGUCGACUGCGGUCAGUGAUUACAUAUAAGAACGGAAAGAAAGAACUCGUCGCAGAAUACGGUAAAGGAGAUCUAAUAGGCAUCGUAGAAAUGGUCACGCAAACUCCGCGAUCGACUACGGUUAUGGCAGUCCGAGAUUCUGAACUAGCAAAAUUACCCGAGGGACUGUUCAAUGUCAUCAAACUCCGUUUCCCGAUAGUAGUUACGAGGCUUAUAAAUUUACUUGGUCAUCGUAUUCUUGGUACCUGGCAACAACCACAUGCGAAAUACAGUGGUGUUAAUAGACAACGAGCCGCUGCAACAGUCGAUACAAGACCAGCUCAAGUAAAUUUUUCAACUGUUGCUAUAGUCCCAAUAUCCGACGAUGUACCACUAACUGCGUUCACUUAUGAACUUUACCAUUCGUUGUGUGCUAUUGGACCAUGUACGCGUCUUACUUCAGACGUUGUCCGUAAAACAUUAAGUAGCACCAUCAUGGAACCCGCGAAUGAAUAUCGUUUAACAUCAUGGCUUGCACAACAAGAAGAUCAGCAUCGAAUCUCGUUGUAUCAGUGCGAUCCAACGUAUACACUGUGGACACAACGAUGCGUACGACAGGCUGAUUGUAUUCUUAUUGUGGGUUUAGGUGAUAGGCAACCCUCUAUAGGUAGAACAGAGCGUGAAAUUGAACGUUUAGUAAUGAGAACGCAAAAAGAAUUGGUGCUAUUGCACAAAGAAGGUGGACAGCGGCCCACGAAUACUGUGCAGUGGUUGAACAUGAGAUCUUGGGUUUCUAGUCACCAUCACAUUCAAUGUCCAAAGAGAAUGUUCACGAGAAGAUCUCAGUAUAGAAUUAAUGAAUUGUAUUCCAAAGUUCUUAUGUCAGAACCAAACGUACAUAGCGAUUUCAGUAGACUUGCUCGCUGGUUAACCGGAACUUCGGUUGGUCUCGUACUUGGAGGUGGUGGUGCUAGAGGUGCAGCCCACGUGGGAAUGCUCAAAGCGAUUAUUGAAGCCGGAAUACCCAUAGAUAUGGUCGGCGGAGUCAGUAUUGGGGCAUUUAUGGGUGCGUUAUGGUGCAUGGAGAAAAAUAUUACGACAACAACUCAAAAGGCUCGUGAAUGGUCUAAGAAAAUGACACAAUGGUGGAGACAAAUAAUGGAUUUGACAUAUCCGGUGACAUCCAUGUUUUCUGGAAAAGAUUUUAAUAAAACGAUUCAAGGGACAUUUGGUGAUACAUACAUAGAAGAUCUGUGGUUACCAUAUUUUACAAUUACCACAGACAUCACUGACUCUUGUAUGCGUACUCACACGCACGGAUCGCUGUGGCGGUACAUACGGGCUUCGAUGUCUUUGUCGGGUUAUAUGCCACCCAUGUGUGACCCGGUUGACGGCCAUCUCCUACUCGACGGCGGGUACGUCAAUAACCUUCCAGCUGACGAAAUGCUGAGGCAAGGAGCGCAUCACAUUUUGGCCAUUGACGUUGGAUCACAGGAUGACACGGACUUGACAAAUUACGGAGAUUCUUUAUCCGGUUGGUGGCUACUAUGGAAACGAUGGAAUCCUUUCGCGACACCUGUUAAAGUACCAAAUUUACCCGAUAUACAAUCAAGAUUGGCAUACGUGAGUUGCGUACGGCAACUGGAGGAAGUAAAGAACUCGGAUUAUUGUGAAUACAUCAGGCCACCGAUAGAUAAAUUUAAAACUCUUCAGUUUACUAAUUUCGACCAAAUUAAAGAUGUCGGGUAUCAGCACGGAAAAACGUACUUUGAAGGACAAUCAAAAGCUGGAGUUCUCCCCCGUUUUAAUGCCGACAGAGAAAAUGCUCGGGCUUUACGAGCGAAACACCAAGCAUCGACUCAGCAGUCCGUAUCCUCGUAUACUUUCACGGAUUUAGCUCAGAUGGUGUGUAAAGUCUCCAGAGGAAGUCGAUAUGUAGAUCUGGAUAUUGAUUCUGAUACAGAUGAGUUAGAAGAGUACGAGGCGGAUCUAGAGGAAGAUGCACAAGAAGUAGGUUAUGCCUCUGAACCCACUGCCGGUAUUCUAGACCAGAGCCCUGACGAAAAUCAUCUACGGCGCAGAGCCGGCGUUUCAUUAAGCUUAUCUGACACUGAGGCCGAGUCAGAAUUAGAUUACCAUCCAAAAAUAUUUUAAACAUUUUUAUUUUGUCACUCUUAUUUUAAGGUCGUAUAAGUUCUAUGUCCUGUACAAAUUGUUAUAACAUUGAAAUCACGCAUAGCUGAGUGAAAAAUGUAUUUAUACUGAAGUACAAAUAAAAAUAUUAAUGAGUACAUUGCUAUUGUCAAGUUAACAAUGCAAUAUUUCAUUA